GACAGUGAUCCCCAAAUCUGAGCCUCCUGAGUUGCUAGGAUAAUAGGUCUGAGCCACUGGUACCUGGCUGGUUUUCCUUGUCAAUAUGCCACUUGCAGACUUUGUUUUGGCCCUAAAGGACAAUCCGUACUUUGGGGCUGGAUUUGGGCUGGUGGGUGUGGGCACAGCCCUGGCCCUAGCCCGGAAGGGAGCCCAAAUGGGCCUGGUGGCAUUUCGGCGCCACUACAUGAUAACACUGGAAGUACCUGCUCGAGACAGAAGCUAUUCCUGGUUGCUUAGUUGGCUCACACAUUACAGUACUCGAACUCAGCACUUAAGUGUUGAAACUUCAUAUCUUCAACAUGAGAGUGGCCGUAUCUCCACCAAGUUUGAAUUUAUCCCCAGCCCUGGAAACCACUUCAUAUGGUAUCAGGGGAAAUGGAUCCGGGUAGAAAGAAGUCGAGACAUGCAGAUGAUAGAUUUACAGACAGGAACUCCUUGGGAAUCUGUCACCUUCACAGCCCUGGGCACUGACCGGAAGGUUUUCUUCAACAUCCUGGAAGAAGCUCGAGAACUAGCUCUACAACAGGAAGAAGGAAAAACAGUGAUGUACACAGCUGUGGGCUCUGAAUGGCGUGCUUUUGGCUAUCCACGCCGGCGGCGACCACUGAGUUCUGUAAUUCUACAUCAGGGUCUGACUGAAAGGAUUGUCAAAGACAUCCGAGAAUUCAUUGAUAAUCCCAAGUGGUACACUGAUAGAGGCAUUCCCUACAGACGUGGCUACCUGCUUUAUGGGCCCCCUGGUUGUGGAAAGAGCAGUUUUAUCACAGCCCUGGCCGGGGAACUGGAACACAGCAUCUGCUUGCUGAGCCUCACAGAUUCCAGCCUCUCUGAUGAUCGGCUCAACCACUUACUAAGUGUAGCCCCACAGCAGAGCCUGGUGCUUCUGGAGGAUGUGGAUGCUGCCUUUCUCAGUCGAGACUUAGCUGUGGAGAACCCCAUCAAGUACCAAGGUCUAGGUCGCCUCACCUUCAGUGGACUGCUCAAUGCCUUGGAUGGUGUGGCGUCCACUGAGGCACGCAUUGUGUUCAUGACUACCAACUAUGUUGACAGGCUGGACCCUGCCCUGAUACGCCCUGGGAGAGUAGAUAUGAAGGAGUAUGUGGGCUACUGCUCACACUGGCAACUGACCCAGAUGUUCCAGAAGUUCUAUCCAGGACAAGCACCCUCCUUAGCUGAGAACUUUGCAAAACAUGUUCUUCAAGCUACAAAGCAGAUCAGCCCUGCCCAAGUUCAGGGGUACUUUAUGCUGUACAAAAAUGACCCUGUAGGGGCAAUUGAUAAUAUUGAGUCUCUGAGGUGAGCCACCAAGCCAUCCUCAGCUUUCUUCUUGAAAUCAAUAAAUACCUGCCACACUAA